UGGGCGUAAUUACAAAAUGUGAAUUACAAGAUUUUUAAUGAUAUGAAAAUCAAAAAUACAUACAUAUCGAAUAACAUAUUACCGUGAUUUUACUUAAAAUUAUAUGAUAACUAUAAGCUUUUAAAAGGCAUUGAAUAACGGAGUGUCUCAUAGCUCCUACGAUGAAGAACUUUUAAAAGAGAAUGCAAGCUAUGGCAACAAAAGAGAUUAUCAAUAAACUGUUUUAUUAAAUAUUUAUAGCGUGUGUCAUUUGUGGUAAGUUGAUUGGGUAUUGUGAAAAAAAAAGUUAGAAUAUUUCUGUUAAAUAAUUUUAAAAAUAAUUCCAAGACAGAUUUUACGUAAAGGAAGAAUUUCCAAAUUUCUGAAAUAAAAUGGCUUUAUCAAAAGUUGAGCUUGCUGCGAUGUUGGAAUGCAAGAUCUGUUUAGACACCUAUCAUCAGCCUAAACAAUUAAACUGCGGACACACUUAUUGUCAAGAUUGUCUAGAUGGUAUUUUAGUGUUUAUGGAAGAUGGGAGUGCUGAACUGUCUUGUCCAGUGAGGUGUACUGAAAAGACAACAAUAACUCGGGAACAAACAACAUCCUCGUUAGUAAAGGUGUUCACAUUAACUGGCAUUUUGGACAAAGUUUCACCUGGUAAAAAUGUUAAAUCUUUAUGUCAGCAAAGUAAAGAAUGUAAGCAGAUAAUCAGCUAUUCCUGUACAACAUGCAGUUUAAAGAUCUGUGAAAAAUGUCAAAAUCUUCAUUCUUGUUCCAACAAAUCAUAUAUCAAUGUCAUUUUUAAUCAAAAAUUGCAAGAACUCCAACCAUUGUGUAAGCAACAUGACUCACUUGCAAAAUUUGUCUGUAUUGAUUGUGAAAAUUUGUUAACAUGUGCAUAUUGCACACACAGACAACAUAAGAAUCACAGAAUAAAAAUGAUUGAUGAUUUUGGACUGGAAGCCAAAAAGUGGUUCCAAGCGUUUAUCAGCUCAUUCGAUGAAACAAAAGUGGUGUUGGAAAAGUUAACAAUGAAAUACAGUGACGCUUUAACAAAUUUAGAGAAAGAAAGGGAAGUAUUUGUUCAAAAAUUAAAAGAAAGAAAGUUAAAACGACUAGAAGAAUAUCUCAAAAUGUUAAAUAAAGAAGAAGAAGAUCUAUUGCGGAUAUUCGAUAAGAAAUCUGAAGAAUUUAAAGCAAAAUUGACUUGUGAAGGUUUUGUCGACAAUAAGAAAGUACAAGAAUUUACAGAUUACGUUAAAGCUUUUAAUUUAAAAUCUCAUUUUGAGUUAGUUACAGAAAAGUUGGAAAUUGAACGACAACUUCGCAAGCUAUCCUCGUUUCCAAGAACUAUCCCAACAUUCAAUUCACACCUUCAUCAAGUGAACAAAGCGGAUAUUUUGUCAAAUCCGUUGGGCAAAAUGAAAAUUUCAAUUGAUGACGUUACCACUGUUGAUGUAGACGCCAAUGAAUGUUCUGUUUAUAGAAACUUGAUUGAUGAAGAUGAAACCCAACCCAACUAUUCCCAAUUAUCAACUGAUCUAAUGAACUUAGUUGAAAGUCUGAAAAAGUACGAGAAACCAAAUGUAAAUCCUCGUUCUGGAAAACAACAACAGAAUGAUGUAAAGCCAAAAAGGUUCCAGCUUGCUAAGAAGAGUUACUCUUUUGAAGAACUUGAAAGAAUCAUUAAAAAUGGCGAUGUCAAGACAUUUCAAUCAAUUCUUAUUGAUCAUCCAAAUAUCGUUAAAAUGAGAAGUGGUUAUUAUGAACCAACACUGUUGAUUAUAGCAGCAUGGUACAAUAAACCAUCAAUGGUGAAAUGUUUGAUUGAUGCUGGUAGUGAUGUGUAUGCUGUGGAUAAAUGUAAAUCGAAUGCAUAUCACUACAGUGCACGUUAUGGUCAUCAUGAUGUUUUAAAAGUUUUAAUUACUCAUGACGUAACAAACAUUAACAACGUAAACACUGACAAUAACACACCAUUACAUUUUGCAUCUUGUAAUGGUCGUAUUGAUUGUGUGAAGUUGUUGUUGUCGAUACCACACAUUGAUGUCAAUAUACAAAACAUUAAGAAUAACACACCAUUACAUCUUGCAUCUCGUGAUGGUCAUACUGAUUGUGUGAAGUUGUUGUUGUCGAUACCACACAUUGAUGUCAAUAUACGAAACAAAUGGAACAAAACUGCUUAUGAUGAUACUCGUAAUAACACUAUCAAACGUUUAUUACAAGAACAUUAGAGAAAUUAAGAACAUUUUCAGACAAUUAUAUUUUUUAAUUUACCUAAGCAAAUUAUUAAAGGCA